CUUUUUGCGCGGCCAGAGCUGCCGGCGUCGGUGCGUAGCGGCGCGCAGACUUCCGCGUCCCGGGUUCCGGCCCGUGAGCGCAGGGCAACAGCGCGCCAUCUUCACCAAGCGCCAUGGCGGCGGCCGGCGGGCCGGAAGCGGCUGGACGCUGCCCUGUUUUUAGCCUUCUUUUGCUUCUGCUGAUCGCCGGUUCUGCCUGGGGCUGGAACGACCCUGACAGAAUAUUAUUGCGGGAUAUAAAAGCUCUUACCCUCCACCAUGACCGCUAUACCACUUCCCGUAGGUUGGAUCCCAUCCCACAGUUGAAAUGUGUUGGAGGCACAGCUGGAUGUGAUUCUUAUACCCCAAAAGUCAUACAGUGUCAGAACAAAGGCUGGGAUGGUUAUGAUGUACAGUGGGAAUGUAAGACUGAUUUAGAUAUCGCAUACAAAUUUGGAAAAACUGUGGUGAGCUGUGAAGGCUAUGAAUCCUCUGAAGACCAGUAUGUACUAAGAGGUUCCUGUGGCUUGGAGUAUAACUUAGAUUACACAGAACUUGGCCUGAAGAAAUUGAGAGAGUCUGGAAAAAACCAUGGCUUUAACUCUUUCUCCGAUUAUUAUAAUAAGUUGUACUCCCCAGAUUCUUGUAACAUCAGUGGAGUGCUUACCAUUGUGGUGCUGCUUGCUAUUGCCUUUGGAGUUUAUAAAUUCUUCCUCAGUGAUGGUCAAGACUCUCCUCCACCAUAUUCUGAGUAUCCUCCAUAUUCUCAUCAGCAUCAGAGAUUCAGCAACUCAGCAGGACCCCCUCCCACAGGCUUCAAGCCUGAAUUCACAGGACCGCAUGGUGCAACUUCUGGUUUUGGCAGUGCUUUCAUGGGACAAGGAGGACACGAAAAUUCAGGACCAGGGUUCUGGACCGGCUUGGGAACUGGAGGAAUAUUAGGAUAUUUGUUUGGCAGCAAUAGAGCUGCCACACGCUUCUCGGACUCGUGGUACUACCCGUCGCACCCCGCCUCGCACUCCAGCUCGUGGAACAGCCGCACUUACUCGCCGCCUGGGGGGGGCCCGGGAAGCUAUUCGGCAUGUUCAAGCUCAGAGCCAAGAACCAGAACAGCGUCAGGAUAUGGUGGUACCAGGAGACGAUAAGAAAGUGAAAAGUUGGGGUCAAACACUGGAUGCAACAUUUCUGAUUUUUCAUCUCUUUCUCUUAAAAAACUGUGCUACCUGCUGACAACUGAGCAAAGGGAAUAUGCAAAAGUUCUGUGGUGUUUUGUCCUGUAUGGCUUUUUGUAUUCUAUUAUUUGAGGCUGAGUUGACAUGUGACACAAUGCUCAUGUAGAGAAUUGUAUGUUUGUGUAACAUGCAGAUGUCUAUUACAGUUUUUCAAAGUGAUAAUUACUGUGGAAUGGUGUGUAAUUUCUAGAACCUGUGAUGUCAUAAGUAUUAAGAGUGAAGGCUUUAGAUACCAGUAGACACUGAGUAUGGAAAUUUUCAAUCUCAGGUGGUUCUAGUUGACGAGUCAUUGCAUCAUAGAAACGAUGGUCAUCUAUUUGGUAUGUAUUAUUGGGUGUUGCUGUUCUUCAAACAUUUAAACCAAGCUUUGGAUUUCUACUUACCUGUGUGUUUUGAUCACUUCUGAGCUCAGGAGCUUUGAAUCCAUCAGUAGUGGGUGGGGUUUUGGUAAGUGAGAGUUAACCUUUUUUAGGAAAAGGUACAAAAUAAGUAUCUAGAAGGUUGUUAUGAAUGACUGUGUGUUGACAAAAAUGCUUGAAACCUCCAUAUUCUUUUUUUUAGAGGUAAAAGUUCAAGUGCUUCAGCAAAGGUUUUCUAAUAGCAGAAGCAUGCAGUUCUCUGGAAUCUCAAAUGUUGUAGCAGUCUGUUUCAAUUUUAAUUAAAAUGACAAAAAUAACCAACCAAACAA